GAUGACUGAACAGCAGAUAUUGUUUCAGUCCAUCAAAGAUAAUGACUAUAAAAAAUUGGAAGAAAUGUUGACAAAUGGAUCCGAUAUGAGUGUCAUUAACGACGAUGGACUCACUCUAUUGCAUUUGGCGGCAGAGUUGGGUCAACAACAGUGUGUCCAUACAUUGUUGUCCUAUAACUGUAUUGAUGUCAAUGUAAGGGACAACUGUGACACACCAUUGGGACCGUUACAGACAACACCGCUUCACGUGGCGGCCGCCGAGGGCUGGCCUCAAUUGGUCAUCGAACUAAUCGAUAAUGGAGCCGACGUAAAUAGCGUCACCAUAACCGGUUGGACACCAUUACAGUAUGUGAUGAUUACCGAAAAGAUGACACCGACAAAGUUGCAGUCAAUGGCCGUUUUGAUUGGAAAGGGCGCCGAUGUUAACAAACGCGACGCCGACGGCAACCAUUCGCUCAAUAUUGCCGUACUGUACGGCCACUACGAGGCCACCCGAUUAUUGCUUAACAGUGGUGUCCAAUUGACUGCUGUCGAGGCCAUCGAUCCGAACUGUUUGCGAAGUGAUAAUGUUUACCGAUGUGUGGAACUGUGUGUAAAAGCCGGCGCCCAUCGGGUGAUCGAAAAAUAUCAUAUAAUGCGGUUUGCAAUGGAAAGCCAAGAGACCAACGAUGAAGACAUGGAUCAGCGACAGCUCGAGUCUAUCAUUGCCCGAAUGGAUUCACUGUUAGCCGUGUGGUCAUCGGUGGCGCCGUUGAAACACUUGUGUCGCUUAGCCUAUCGGCGUCUGUACUCUGGUCACAAUUUUAACGCUGUUGUCGAUUGUCUACGAAUUCCGCACACUUUUCGCCGGUAUUUAUUGUUUAUAACCGAUUGAUACCAUCAUCUGAUCCGAUCCAAAAAGAUAUGAUGUCUUUACUGAAUUAAAAAAAAAUAUAUGAAAAUCAAUCACUUAUU